AUUGGCUCGCAUGAGAUUCGGUGGUUCUCGAUUCCAACAUCCUUUGGAAAUACAUCUCGCGGCUAGAAGUUUCGACUGCUUCGGAAAUGCUUUCAAUCAAGAAGUGUAUGCAAUUGACGUCGUACGCUACGGCAGUCGCAAAGCUUCGUAGAAGGAAUGACUGUCUUCGUGCUAUUCAUUGAGCAGAAGUAUCACUACAUAAUAGUAGGCGCAUCUAGCCUCAGUUUUAUUCUCAAUAAUUUAGUGAGAGUGACGUUCACAGUUCUUCGCGAGUCUGCGGAAAGUAUUGAUUCUUUCGCUCAAGUACCAAACUCUAGCCCUGCUGCCUCAAGGUUACGUGUGCGUCGAGGCGAAAGUCUCGCAAAUUGCGACGGCCUCAGUAACUUCAGUCCUUAAAUAUCUGUAUGCUGUGGCUUUAGCAUCCUUCACUGCAACAAGUUUCGUGAUGGUCGCUCCCCGCUUCACUGGCAUCCUUGCGCUGCUCACCUUCCUCGCUGGUGCCAAUGCAGAAUGUGCAACGUGCAAUCACACUUUGGAAGUCGGUACGACGAGCUACCGGUUAGUCAACACCACCCUGGAGUCCGCCAGCGGGUACAUUUGCACCUACGAAGAUAGCGCAGGUGACAUGGCGACCUGUGAAUACUAUGUGAGCGGUGGCUAUGUUAUGGUUGGGGAUGAGUUGUGUCCGCACGUGUCAUCAUUAUGUGAAGUGCUUAGUGGCGGGCAGUAACGAGAGAGUAACGCGCAUAAUUAUGUCAAAAAAGGAUGCCAGAGGGUGCAUGGUCAUUGUGUCGAGUCGGCUGUCUGUCUGAUACGUGAUACCUUUUCUUGAUCACAAUUCCUUUUCCCACACUGUUCAGCCAUUUCCUGUUACAUAUACCAUGUCAUUGUUUUAAUUCGUGCGUCCAGUCGAGAACGUAUCGUCGAAGCGGGUUUUCAAACUCAGUUCGCGAUGAACUACUACUUACAACUCUCCA